CCGGGGAGCCGCAGCCCGAACGUCCGCGCGCUGCGGGCCGGCCGACGAGGGGCGCGCGUCGACGCACGCACCGCGGAGCCGCCUCGGAGCAUGUGGAAGCUGAGCCGGAGCCGGGUGCUGCUGGACGAGCCCCCCGAAGACGAGGACGGCCUGCAAGGGGGGCCGCCGCCCGCCGCCGCCUCCGCGGCCUCCGCGCAGGUUCAGGGAGCAAGCUUCCGAGGCUGGAAGGAAGUGACUUCUCUGUUUAAUAAAGACGAUGAACAGCACCUGCUUGAAAGAUGUAAAUCCCCCAAGUCCAAAGGAGCUAACUUACGGUUGAGGGAAGAGCUGAAGACAGAGAAGAAAUCGGGAUUUUGGGACAAUUUGGGUUUAAAACAGAACAUACAGUCGAAGAAGCCAGAUGAGAUCGAAGGCUGGGAGCCUCCGCGACUUGUUCUGGAGGACGUGAGCGCUGGGCCGGGCGACCCUGCGAGCGGCCGCCCGUCCGGGCCGGGCUGGGAGGAGGGCGCUGGCGGCUGCAGCAAAUACACCAGCCUGGCCAGCUCGGGGAACAGCUCGCGCUGGAGCCUCCGGUCGGCCGGGAAGCUGGUUGGCAUCCGACGGCAGAGCCGAGGCCACCUGACCGACGACUGGGAGGAGCUGGAGUGACCUGCGGGCACGCCACCCCGCAGAGGGGCCCGCGCAGCCCCUCUGGUGGCGUGCGGGCUCUCGGUCUGCUGAUUCCCGGCGUGUCCGUUUGCGUCGGGGCGUCCGGGCCUUUCGUGUGGACGGCGGGGGCUCUCCUCUGCGUGCCCACAUUUGGACUGUCCCCUUCCGCGGGCUUGGCGGGGGCCCCCAGAGGGUGUGUGUGCGUCCGAGGCGGCCCCACGACAGCCCCCACAGCUUGGCGUCCGGCCGCGGAGCCGCCUCGCGCGGUCUUCAUCAUGUCCCCCGCCCCCCGCAUGUGGCAUCCGUGCGCCUCUGUGACUCUCAGACCGUAGCAGCCGCGCCGUCCUCCCGUCAGCAGGAGUCUGUCAUCCGGGCGCCAGACCAGUCUUCCCGAGGUCACGUUCAGUUGCAUUUAACCCGGUUAACCCAGCAAGUUGAACUUCUUCUCAUUUUAGAUACCGGGAAAGCAGAGGCUACAUUUGGUCAAGCGUGAAAUGCCACCACGUGCACACGUCUUCGUCUUGUGCCCUGGGAGGAGGGGUCUCGUGUGCGUGCUGGGUGGUGGCCGUGGUCUCGACCCGCGUGCGCGCUGGCUGGUGACCAAGCGUGCCUGUCACUGGUCCUGAACUUCAUGGCUUGAUCUUCACAUUCUCUGAUUGCAGGUUAAGGAACCGUAAAGUGUGGAUCCAUUUAGCCACUGAGUUUAGACACUCUUGUGUUUGGCAAAUCCCGACUUGCUGAUGGAGUUUAAACUGUAUAAAACACUGCAAGUGCCUCUCUGUGAUGUCCAGGUGUUGGGUGUUCGAAGGGAGGCCACACAGGUCUCCACAGCAGGUGGCACUCCAGUCUGUCUUAGGUAACGUGGUUUGAAAGGAAAGGCAUAGGGGUGUUUUGGGUUAAAAACAAAAACCUCCAGUUACACUGUGCAUACCUCUCGUGAAAAACACUGUCCUCCUCCGUGCUGCUCAUUUAACCUUCUUGGGGGUCACCGCGCGGGCCUGACGGCAGGACUCCCGAGGGGGAACGGUGUCCGUCUGUCCUCUAUCCAUGUAGCUGUCUUUCUCCCGUCUUGUGCUAACUGAACAAGGAGCUUACCUGACCAAGUCUGGAAAGGGGGGCACGUUUUAGUGGUGUUUGGUCCAGUUUGUGUUAGAACCUUGAAAUGCCGGGGGUUUCGCGUUGCAGGGAAAGCCUUGUUUCCUCAGGUAAAUGGGUCGGUAGCUAGGCCGCCACCCCGCGUCCCCUCCAGCUAUGCCCACGGUGGCGGGUUUAUGCAAGGAUUCUGCAGCGGGAGCCAGAGGCCCGGGGAAAUAAACACUGUGUCCGAGGCUCUGCGAAGCUGCCUCGUUUGGGGGGGAGGGGGGGGGGGUGUCCCGGCCGGCAGGUGUGAGUCGCACCCUGUGGGCCGCUGCAGAGUCGUGUGGGGAUGCUAAGUGCCUGUCACUCACCGCUGUGGAAGUCUGUGACGUGGGGUUGGCCACCUACGCCUUCAUAAUACUGUUUCUCAAAUCUGAAGACAAAGCCAGAUGGGAAGUGGAGCGUGCACUGUAAAUCAUUUUUCCUGUCUGCAAAGAUUAACGUAAAAAUAAACUCUUCUGUUGCAUCUGAUUACAUGAAAAUAAGUAUGUUUGUGGUUUUUAAUGUAUUUAUUGAUGUGCUUUGGGAGAAAAGUAUUUUUCCUUGAUCAGAAUUUACCAAAGCAACUUUGUGUGGUUCACAGGUUAAAGAGAAUGUGGUUUUGAUGUGGGGUUUUGUUUGCAGCCUGUGAACACGCACCUUCACUGUGUAAAGUGGUCUGUGCUCCUCCUACUGUUGCUGGUUUUUUUUUAAGGAAAGUGAGUGGCUUCAAAGAAAGUUAGAAUUCAUUCUUAAUGCUGAGGUUUUUAAAAAAAAUCAAUUUCCUCUUUCAUUAUUAGUUUGCAUGACUAUUGGCAUCUACUCCAAGGUAAAUGCUCCGGUGACUUUAACCACUAUAAAGCUAAUGGCACUUUUCUUGAUACCUUAAACCUCAUUUUAAAAUGCAAACAGUACGUGUAGACUUUUUCAUAAAUAAAUGCCAAUUUCAACCUAA